AUGGCUCUGGGUGACUGUUGGAAGCAGUUAUCCUGGUUCUACUACCAGUACCUCCUGGUGACGGCGCUGUACAUGCUGGAGCCGUGGGAGAGGACGGUGUUCAGUAUCCUUUUCCGUGUGAAAAACUACUUCCGAACAAGCUAAGCUAACGUGCUAACGCUAGCUCGCCAGCUCACUACGAAAACUUACCCGGCGUCUGAUCCAGAACUUAUUUGACAAAUUUGUGUAUUUCAGAGUUAUUAUAUCCGUAUAUCAAAGUGUCUGAUCAUUUUUCAGGAUUUUAGGUAGAAUUCGGCUGAUAAAAAAUGUUUAUAUCUGUUUGUGUUUUUGUUGUAACUCCAAAUGAAUGCAGAGUGUUCGACAGUUUUAACGCUCCUGAAGUUGUAGUUUUUAUCGAGAGGUUUGGUUCAGUCUGGUCAGGGCCAAUUGAAGGGUCUUUUCCUACUUAAAAAGUUAGUUUUUCUGGUCAAAUAUGAGUGAAUUUAGCCGGGUUUUUUUGGGCGGUGUCGAGGCUGGGCUUCCUACAGUGACCCUGGAUCACAGUCUGGAUCCUCCCACCACUAAAACCAUGGGUCUGAGGAUACUAACAUGUCUGUUUUAGAGGUCUGAAUCUCGACUUUAAAUCAGUUUUGUUUCUCCAAAGGUGUAACUGGUGUAUGAAGGAGGAUUAGAGGUGAUAGAGGUAAAUAAUUAAAGUUUACUGUUGGUGUUUUGGUUGUACGUUAAGUCAGACAUGCAGUUAUCUGUCACUGAUAUAUUGUGUAUAUGUACGGCUUUAAUAAUAGACUGGACAGUGUUGAACCACCUGUUGUGCACAUGAAACAGCGGUACAAACUCUGGAGAAACGAGGCAGGUGUGUGUCUGAAAAACCCAGGGACAGAGUAACCCCCGAAUUCCACUGCAUCCUGAACGGCUCCGAAAAGGCCAUAUCCGCAGAUCGUAGCUGAUCGUAACGGUUCCGUUCCUCUGCGGAUCGCCAGACUCCACAGCUGAUUGCAAGAAUUUCACAUUCCACAUUUCAACUGUUGUCAAAAUGUGGUUUGGAAUCAUAUGAAGGUCUUCCCUGAAAAAACUCUUCGUCUGGAUGGACGCAGAUGUUGCUCCUAAACCUGGAGAAUUUUUUUAUGAAGUUCUAAAAUUAAUAUAUAUACUGUAGAUAUACUGUAGACUACUGCUCUUCACACCGACAGGAAGACCAACUGAUCAAACUCAGAGCAGAAAAGCGUUUUCAACUUCAGAUCCGUCACUCUGCUGUGAGGUAGUGAUGAAGAUUGUCAUGAGGUCGAUGCGCCAUCUACAGGAUAAGUCAGGGAACUUUUCAAACGGCGGAACAUUUUCGAAGUGAAACUGAUUCUUAUUCUCCGCAUUUUAUUUUGAAAAUAUCAGCGAAAAUCGGCGAGUUUCAGUCGAUUACCGAUUAGAUUAAUCGACUCGACGAUAAAUCGAUCGGACCCUACUUUCGCGUGGUUGCACGUGAAUCCAUGGGUUCUUGUGAGUUCUCAUGAUAACCACUGUUUGUAAUCCGCCACAAAAUUCGCCUCACAAAUGGAUUCGGUAGGAAUUGGCGUACGGCGAAAAUCACCGCCAUUCCGGAUGCGGUGGAAAUUAGGGGUUGGCAUGACAGGAGAGAGGCUGCCGCGAUCACUAAUGAGAUAUCGGACAUUGGUCUGAAUUAUGAAACACAAGUCUUGACGUCAUGAAGGACGUUAUAUAAAAGCUUAAAUAGUCUGAAUAUCUGGUUCCUUCAUACGGCUGAAGACGAGCUGUUCCGUCUCAGGUGACCUCCUCCUCCUCCUCCUCCUCCUCCUCCUGGUCGUUUCCUGAUGUUUGACUUUUAUUGUAUUUACUCUCCGACUGUAAACUGUCACUGUGAACCCGAGCCGCUCAGAUCACCUCAGGGGGAGUGACAGUUAGUUCAGGGAGUGUUUCAUUUGAUAUGUAACAGCAGAGCAGGAACAUAAAACAUUAAAACUGUCCUCGCUCAUGUUUUCUUUAAUUUACACAAACUCUGAUUGCCGUCAAACUCCAGUCUGAUCAGGAUAAAGUGUGUUUGAUAGGAUUGCUGCUGAAUAAUAGAUCCUGUUCAUGUUGUUAUGGCCGUACUUUGAUCGGUGUCGCCGCAGUAAUCCGUCACUAUCACGUUGUCUACAUGACAUAUCGUCUUCCUGCGGUCGGUGUCACCCUCCGCUUGUGUCUCUCCUUCCCUCAGGGUCAGGUGUGUUUGUGUGAAUAAGUCAGAGGUUGUGUUAUUGUUGCUCCGCCUGUUAUCAGCCUGAGUGCUGCUCUCCGUCCAGUCUUCACUCUCUCAGAGAUCAAACGGGGAUCAUUCGGGCGGUUUGGUUGAUUAGGAGUUCAUUAAAGUUUAAAUUCCACUUGAACUGUCCGGCUGAUGGCUGUGAGGGGAUUUCAGUGCACUCUGUAUUUCAAACGCCUCAUUUGGAUUGGUCUAACCUGAGGACCUGUGAGAAUUACAGGGAAACCAGGCCUCAGUAUUUUGGGGGAGGGGGUUUUGUUUCGUGAAUGUGUCUGUGACUCAUUCUGCCUCUUUCUCAUCGUACCACAAUAACGACAGUGAAAACUAACGACUGUUUUCUGACACUCAUGGGAUUUAUUAUACAUUAUAUCUAAACAUGCACUGAUAAAUUGGCCGGCCGAUCGAUCUGCGCCAGUUUCCUUAAUUUUGGGGGAUCGGUGAUCAGCUGAUUCUUACACAUAAAACCGAUCUGAUCGACUUCAGCAAAGGUCUUAAACUCAGCUGUUGUAGCUUUUUGUUUUUGCCAGAAUGACAGUCCCGUCCGCGAUAUUUUUUGUUGUAGGACGGUUGGGGAAAGUCCCGCCUCCUUCGCCUCUGAUUGGUCGGAAAAGCUGGAAACGUCAUCUAGCGCUCAAGCCGAAGGCGGGCUGUCGGCUCUGUACAUCGGAACAUCACAGAACAUUAUCGCACUUCUGAAUGUCCUAACCCGACAGACGAUGACGUUUCACAGCCAUAAGGAAUAACCGAUCGGAGCUCAGCACUUCGAGCCAAUCAGAGGCGAAGGAGGGCGGGAAAUGAAAUACUGCUGUGAACUUUAUUUUGGUAAGAGGCUCAGAAACUGCAGUCUGACCUGUUUGAGACCAAAUACUGUUAAUUUUUAAAAUGCUGAAAAUAAAAGACUAAAGGAGCUGAUUUAAUUGAGUAGUUUGGACAGAAAUAUUCAUUCAGAUUCAUUCAGAUCAGACCAUCAAAGGUUUGUGUUGUCAAUUAUAAUUUUAAAAAAAGGUAUCGGCCAAAAUCUGCAUUUGUAGGUCAAGCUUUUCAAAGAUGAAACCCAGAGUGAAAUACUGAGAGCUCCACAGCCGUGUGUCUGAGGUCAGGGGUGAUAAAUGUCUCAUCUGGUUAUCAGGAGUCGGUCCUUAUCGUGUCUCUUCAGACUCUCUGCUCAUCUCGGUGGCCGGCAUGGCCGUCUACACCGGAUACGUCUUCAUGCCGCAGCACAUCAUGGCCAUCCUGCACUACUUUGAGGUGGUACAAUGACGCAGCGAGACCACCUGUCUGUCCACUGGUCCUGUCUGUCCACUGGUCCUGUCUGUCCACUGGUCCCGUCUGUCCACUGGUCCCGUUUGUCCGGCUCGUAGCUCGUCCAUCCACCUGUCCGUCUGCCUGCUCCGGGGCUUGAGGUGGGGAUCAUCUCCAGCCAUGUACAGACAGAACUCCUCCUCCUUCCUCCUCCUCUCGUCUCCUUGUCUCCUUUCCUUCAGAGCUGACUCCAAACCAAAGGUCAAAGCUGUGAGCGUCACAGCGGACGAUGUUCCUCCCUCAGACUGUUUUUCCUUCGCUGAAAUAUUUUGGAUUGUGAAGGACGUUGAUCGUGGAUGUGAGGCCUUCAAAGAGGACGUUCUUGAUUGUAAUCCACAUAUUUUAUUUCGAUCUCCAACCAAGUGCAUCCGUCUGUUUGGGGAAAGUGUAAAUGAUCCGGAAGUCUGAUCGGACGGCUUCAUUUUUAUUCCACCGUUGUUGUCUUAGAGUUUUCUUCAGGGUCUGGGAACACAGAUGUUAGUUUGACUAGUUUUUUUAUGAGCCGUAUAAGAUUAUGAGAGCCAAUCAGAUGUCGAGGCUCUGUCGGAGGAAACCAUGAAGACAUUUAUCGCCUUUUUUUUUCCACUGAUGGAAACGAUGUAAUGAUAUAAAUCAGUUAUAAAGAGUUAAUCCUGCUGGAACAUCUCAGAAACUCUCUGUACAGUAAAGAAGUAUUUUCCUGUUCAAACUAAAGCUGCAGCGUUUCCCAGAUAGAUGUUAGUCCACGCUAAGCACAAGAAACCUCAUAACAUGCACAUAUGACUCCUGAUGUUCCUCUUUAAUCGUAUUUGUCGCUGUCAGACCGUUAAACAUCAGCUCAGAUACUGAAAGGUGGUUUAAAACGCAGGUGUCUAAAUUAGUGAGUUUUUUUAAAGAUGUUCAGACCAGAAGAUUUGUAUAAAAUAAAACUCAGAGAAGUUGCAGCAGGAAACAAGAUACAGUUUGAGUGAAAAAGGUGAAAUCUUGUCCUCCUGUGUUCAGAAAUGUUCAGUUUUUAUGCAGCUGUGAAGUGGUCGCUUGCUUCUUCUAACGACAUUUGCUGCUGACAGGACGUCGAGUUUCAAAGUUUAGCCGAAAUCCUUCAGAGACACUAAACAGAGGAGUGUUUUUUUGAUGUGCAGGGUUCAAUUAAUGACUUUAAAACUGACGGAAUAACCCUUUAAAUUCUCCACUUUUGUUUAAACUGUAAAAAAAAAAAAAAAGCGACAGUAUCGGUUUCCCUUUUGCACAAACUUGAUAAAUUAACCAGAAUUCCAUUUUGAAGUUACUUUAUUACGUGUUAAAACUGCUUCUGCGAUUAGAAACGUGUGAUUUUGAGUCCCUGUAUUUUCUCAGUUCUUUGUAUAUAAUCUUGUACACAUAUUUGUAAAGUUUUGUAGUCAGAUUUGAUGGCGUACAGAAUAAAAUAUUUGUGCUUUUGUGAGCUUCUGAUGCUGAAUACCUCCUCUGUAAACUCAAAUCAUUAAAGGGAUAUUUCACAAAGAUAAGCAGCUGGUUGUGCCUGGUUUUGUUUUUAUGUAUUCCCAUUGUCCUGAAAUCAUGUACACAUGGUUCCUGAUUAAAACAGUUUGAUUCAUUUGUGGGUUAUUACAAUAGAGCGCAGGACGGCAAAAUGGACACAAGGGGGAGUGCUAACACUGAUCAACAGCAGACAGGCUGCUCAGCCUCCCUGCAGUGUCUGCAGAUAUUAUCUGAACAGCUUUUAAAUUACCUUUUUGGUUAUUUUCGUGAUUGUCAAGUCUGUUUACCGAAAGUAUAAAGUUUUAUGUUUUUUUUUUCUCCUAAGAGGAUUAAUCAGACGACCGAUGAAAACUAAAUCAUCUGAGAUUGUGAAAUGACAGAUUCUGCUGAAAGGAACAGGUCCUGGUUUGUAGGUUUGUUGUUUCUUGUGCUUCUGCAGCCUCUAGUGGACACUUGGGGAACUACAGUUUUAAGCACUUCUGCAUCGGCCUUUUAUUCUGAGACUGGAGGUUGAGACUCUGUUUGUAUAUCUGAAUGUUAUAUUUUUAUACAUAUUAAAGCUCCAGUGAGGAACUUUUGGUUUGUAUCAACUUUGGCGCCCCCCCGUGGACAAAACAGUCUUUGCUCAUUUUGUCCUUUUCUUACUUCAGACAAUAAUCUCAUCCUGUUGACUUCUGACGGGCAAAUGUAAAAUUAAAAGUAAAUAUCAUAGACUGUUUAUUAGGGCCGGACUGAUUUAUAGGCGAGCUGAUUUAAUCGGCCAAUUUUAGCCCGUUUGAGAUUAUUCGGUAAUUGGCCAAAACUCGCUGAUUUUCACCGAUACUUUCAGAAAUAAGAUUCGGUUUCACUUCGAAAAUGAUCUGCCAUUUCCGCCACACAAUAAAUUCGACAAGUUUCAGUUCAACCCACUUCACCAUGUUCCCCGCUGUGCUGGUCUCGGUCACGCAGAGUUAACGGUGUAGCACCAUGUAAUAUGCAAGCUAAAGUUAGCGUUAGCCACCUGCUAUUAGCCUUGCUACACUGUUAGCCGUGCCAGUAACGGUAGAAUAAACAUCUCAUAAUAAAAAUCUCAUAAGAGUUUUAAUAUUUGAUAAUUAACCCUGACCUUCCAAAAUGAUCGUUUUCACAGUUUUUGUCAGUGAUACAUAAUAAAUAAUCUGGUGUAAUGUUAAAUUUACUGCCUGUUAACCUUUCAAAGAGAAAUUAUUUGAUAUAGUGAAAGUUUCCCCAGUCUACAGGUUGAUAUGAAAUGAUCUGAGUAAAACAAACUAACAUCUGUGACGUUAAACUGAAAUGAUUUAUAGAAACAGAAACACUCGCCGCGUGUCACCAGAUAUUUAAGGAAACAUGUAAAAGCUGUGACGCAGGUUUUCUUCUUCUGCAGAACUGUGAGUGUGUAAAUGUGUGUCAUCAAAACAAGGUCGUAAAUUUUAGAAAUCAGCUGCCUCAUCAGAUCUUUUUUUAUUACUCCGGUCUUCAUAAACACAAACGUCUGAGUGUAAAGUAAACCUCAGAUUACAGCACGUCCUCUCAAACAGCCCCGGGAUCUCUUCCCUCAGCCCGCGGCAGCCCAUCAGAGAGGAAACACGGCUCUGGUUACUGGUUAACUCAGACGAUGAAGCUCUUCUCACGUAGGCAGAAGGACCGGAGUUUGAACCGCCAUUGUCUGACACACAAAAACACACGCACACACAGACACACACUCAUAGGUCUCUAAAUACACUUUAGUUUUACUUCAAGACUGUGGGUGCAGGUUCAGUUUAAGGAUCAACUUCUCUGUCCAAAUUAAAAAACUUUUAACUUCUUUAUUAAAAUUUUGAAAUGGAUCUUAAUCAUAACAUUUACAAACUGCUUCAACAUUCAGGUUAAAUGUUGGUUAAAUUUCUGCAAUUUUGGGAUUACAGUAAAACAAAUAGUAAUAAUUAUUGUAAUUUUUGAGAUAAAUAACUUCUUAAGUAAGCCAGAGUGAAGCUUCUGUGUAAUUUACUUUAACAGUGAAACUGGGACUCUUACAAACCGGAGCCGUUGGAGACCUGUUCGUUGCCUGUGAGUCAUGAGAAAAUUAGUCUGAUUAGUUUGGGUUCAUACUUCUUACAUUUGAGUCAGCCAGAGUGAAACUUUGAUGUAACUGACCAUUUACAGUGAAACUGAGACUCACCACUUAGAGGUUGAAUGGUUGCGGUAUGAGACCCGUUAAUAACCUUUAAAUUAUCUAGAAAACAAAUCGACUUUUUCGGUCUCAAACCACUGAAGUAAGUCACAUUGAAGCUGCUGCGUCACUUACUGUUUACAGUGAAACGGAGACCUACCACUUACAGGUGAAUGGUUGCCGUUGGAGACACGUUAAUUAUCUUUAAAUCGUUUGGAAAACUAGUUAACUUUUUUGGUCUCAAACCACUGAAGUAAGUCACAUUGAAGCUGCUGCGUCACAUACUGUUUACAAUGAAACUGGGACUCACCAGAAACUGAUGUACAGCUUGUCAACUGUGGAUCACUUACUGUGUAUAAUUUAAGUCCCUUUUUUUUACACUGGAAGGAAACAAGAGUAGAGGCUGUAUGUAACUGACUCUUUACAGUAAAACUGGGACUCACCACAGACAGGUUAACCGCAGAAUAUAAAACCUGUCAAUCUCGAAGCCUCUAUAAAACCUCCUUUUUACAGUGAAACUGAGACCAAAACAGAUGAACUGGUGCAGUUGGAGACAUGUUAAUCACCUGUAAAUCAUGAGAAAAUGACCUUCUCUUCUUUAGAUUUAUACUGUUUCAGUAUGACAGUAGAUCUUCAGUGUAACUCACUUUUACAGUGAAACUGAGACUCAUAACCCAGACAGAUGAAGUGUUGCUCUUCCAGAGAAUGUAACGAGCUGAGAUGUGACGGCGUUAUUUUCCUCACAUAUAUGCGGAGGUGGUAAUUUCACUUCUCUUUAGACCUUAGGUUUUAGCCUGAACUCCUUAUUUCCAUGAAUGAAAAAGGAAGUUUUCACUGGAAGUCAUAGUUUCAGUGUAAAUCUCCAGGCUGUGCAGUUUUGUGUAUUUUUGAUGUCCAUGAUUUUGUCUUCCAUAGGCAGAACGUAAAUCCAAGGACAGAAUGAGCACUUGUUGUUCUGAACAUGAGAAAUGAGGACAGUUUAGAUUCUGCAGGGGUGCACAGAGGACAUAGCGAGGACUACAGAGGUCUGGAAAACCCCCUCAGUGAAGCACAGACCCUGAUUGAUGGGGCGGGAGCUGCUGAUUAACUCUGGUCGUUGUGGUCAAACUGGUACAGUCUGUUCUCCUCCUGCAGCAGGAAGCUGGCAGCUGUGCAGACUCACGUAUUCACACAUUCCUCACAGAUGAAGGUUACCGCAGGACGCGAUCUGACACGUUUGCCUCGGCUUCAUCGGCAUUAUGA